AAUUAUAAAAAUAAAAGUAAAAAAUCACUCUCAGCCAAUCACCUUGGGAUAACCACCCAACAUUUUGUAUAGUCUUUCCCGUUUUUUCCUGAUAUUGAGUUAUUAAAAGGAAAUGCAAAAGAAAGUUUGAAUAUCCUUUUUAAAAAACAUUUCCUGCAAUGCCUCUUCUUCCCUGGCCCCAAAUAUGGGAAGCCAUCACCCCUAGCUAUGGCUUCUGCCAUGUGAACACUGGGGUUUGGGAUACAGGAGGUCUGGCAGUCAAAGGAGUUCUGAGAACUGCCACGGCUUAACUGAUUUCCAGGGCUGGGUACCAGCCUGUGUCCGUCGUGCACCAGCUGCAGCUGGCAUCACUCAUUGAGACCGUGGUAGCAGGCCUGCUAGUGGGCGCCUCAUGUGCGCCAGGCCCUGCGCUAAUCUUUUGAGCUACACAGCCCACAAAGAUUCCCUGCCCCGGUAGCGCUUACGUUCAGGAUUGGGAGCUGCUUUUCCCCCAACCAAGCUCAUUACUGUAAAAGGGCUGAGCCACAGAAACGGCAUCGUUGCGAUUUCUUUACUUCUUUUUUGCAUGAAUCGACACACGAGUUUGUUUAGAGAGCCGGGACUGCUUCCUGAUAAAAUCCGAAAUCGGCAUGUGCCCUAGAAAUAGAAGCUGGGCGCACCUAAGGGUGUUAAAAUCAGCGGGGAGGGAGGCGAGGGCUGAUGGUGACCGGCUCACUGUUUCUCUUCCCCGAUCAGAAGUGAGCUGAUCAGCGCCCCCAUCUGACGAAACUUUUAAACGGUGUAUAAUAAAUGCCUGGGUCGAGCGGGCAGCCAGGCGGCCAAGGGGCAGGGGUCCCGGAAGGAGCCGCGCUGGACCCCGUCCCGUCCCCCGGGCUCCGUGGCAUCGGACAGCAACCUCCCGGCGGCUCGGGGUCCCCACCAAGGCCUGGGCGUCCAGCCUCACCCAGCGACGGGGACCAGCCCGGAGCCCGGCGGCUCGGGGUCCCUCCCCUUGGCCUCGAGGUGCGGCCGCCUGGAGCAGGCUGUCCCUCGAUAAGCGGCCACCCUGCCCGCCGGCUCCGUGCCGGCUGCCCUGGAGAUUUCGGGGGCAAAUGCGAUCCGGCCCCAGCAGGGGAGCCAGCGGGGUGCGCAACCCAGGUACUGGGAGGCCACCUUCCGCGCGCCCAUGCCAAGGCCAGUCACCAUCCUGCGGCGAGCUGUCAGCCCAGGCGAGAAGCCCGCCCCACCCGCCGCCCUGCCCGGCUGAAGCCCCGGCCCCGGCCCCGGGAGCCACACGUCCCGCGGGCACAGGAGAUGGGGGCCCUGGGCGCUCUCUCCCUAAUCAGAGGGGCCGCGACAGGUUUGAUUGCUUGGCUCAGCCGACCUGCCCCUCUGCACUCGCACUCCCCCGUUGCCGUCACGGCCCCCUGACCCUCCCUUCCGCAAGGGAGCCCACGCCCAGCCGCCGCUGGGCAUCCUACCCUUCGGGAGAGACGGCUCCGCCCUACAGCGGCACAAACAGGGCAGCCUGGAAUGAUCGCGCCCCACCCCCGCCCCAGCUUUUUGGUCCCUUGCCAGAACCUUUUUUCCGCCCUGUUUUCUGUGCGAUCCACAAUUGUUAGUCUCUCUUCGAUUGCAGAAUAGUAGUGAAAGACCAUAAUGGCACAUUAAAAAAAAAAAAAUUAGAAACCACUCUAAGGCGUGAAAAUGGGCAAACCUAAUAAAUUUUAACUAAGGUUCAAUUA